CAGAAGCAGCAGAAGGCACAGCAGGUUCCUCAGCACUGAUAUCUCUGUCUGCCCAGCUUGGAGAAGUUCUAGCAAACAUGCAGUCCUGCCGUAUGCGCUGUGCCCUCACCAUCCUCUCACUGGCCCUGGCAGUGAGCUCCAUCUCAUCUGCUCCCACAGAUCCGAGACUUCGCCAGUUCCUGCAGAAAUCACUGGCAGCGGCAGGGAAACAGGAGCUAGCCAAGUAUUUCCUGGCAGAAUUGCUAUCAGAGCCUUCCCUGACAGACAAUGAAGCGUUGGAAUCAGAGGAUCUGCCCAGAGGUGCUGAACAGGAUGAAGUGAGAUUGGAACUAGAACGAUCUGCAAACUCCAGUCCAGCCUUGGCCCCCAGAGAACGCAAAGCUGGAUGCAAAAACUUCUUCUGGAAAACCUUCACGUCCUGUUAGCUUCCACCUCUCCCUUCCCUCUGAUCCGAUAUUUUCCUACUCCCUCUAUCCCAAGCAAAGCCUUCACUGCAGGAGCCGGAGACUGUAAAUACCACACAGUUAUGGUGAAUAAAAGAUAUUGAUUUGGAGUUGUUUAAUAAAACUUUUAGUUGAAAUUGUACAUGAUUUGCUUGGGUUGUGAUUUUUCGAUAGUUCUUAUGAUAUGCACUCUGCCAUUCACACAGAUGUACUAUUUUUAAUUAUUUGUUGCAAUAAAGUUUGUUUCAAACUCUA